GUGGUGGCAGGGUCCAGGCGGUGCCCCCCCCCCCCCCAUUAUCUCCAACCUGCAGCCUGCGGGUGCUGCUCGGGGAGCUGCAUCGUGGCACCAGCACCCUCUGUGCACCCGCAGAAGCUGCACUUCUACCAGAGCCGCCUCCAGCUGCCCGCGCCCAAGUGGACCGAGCUGGCCACGCUGAUCGCGCAGUGCAUGGACUACGAGCCCCGCCGGCGGCCCUGCUUCCGCGCCCUCAUCCGCGACCUCAACAGCCUCAUCACCUCCGACUACGAGCUGCUCUCGGACCUGUCGCCCGCCGACGUGACGCUGCGGGACAGCUUCUGGGGGUACGAGCACGUGGCCGUGGGGCAGGACCCCGCGCUCUUCGAGGAGCGGCACCUCAAGUACAUCUCGCUGCUGGGCAAGGGCAACUUUGGGAGCGUGGAGCUGUGCCGCUACGACCCGCUGGGCGACAGCACGGGCGAGCUGGUGGCCGUGAAAAAGCUGCAGCAGGAUUCGGCCAAGGAGCUGCAGGACUUCGAGAGGGAGAUCCAGAUCCUGCACUCGCUGCAGCACGACUUCAUCGUCAAGUACCGCGGCGUCUGCUACAGCCGGGGGCGGCGCGGGCUGCGGCUGGUGAUGGAGUACCUGCCCAACGGCUGCCUGCGGGACUACCUGCAGAAGAACCAGCACCGCCUGGAGCACCGGAGCCUGCUGCUCUACGCCUGGCAGAUCUGCAAGGGCAUGGAGUACCUGGGGGCGCAGCGCUGCGUGCACCGCGACCUGGCCACCAGGAACAUCCUGGUGGAGAGCGAGACCCACGUCAAGAUCGGCGACUUCGGGCUGGCCAAGCUGCUGCCGCAGGACAAGGACUACUACGUGGUGCAGGAGCCCGGCCAGAGCCCCGUCUUCUGGUACGCGCCCGAGUCCCUGGCUGACAACGUCUUCUCCCGAGCAUCCGACAUCUGGAGCUUCGGGGUGCUCCUCUACGAGCUCUUCACCUACAGCAACAAGAGCAGGAGCCCCUCGGAGGAGUUCCUCCGCAUGAUGGGCACCGAGAAGGCAGUGCAGAUCAUCUGCCACUUGCUGGAGCUGCUGAAGGACAACAGGCGGCUCCCGGCCCCAGCCGGCUGCCCCGUGGAGGUCUACACGCUGAUGCUGAGCUGCUGGGCUUUUUUCCCCGGCGCCAGACCCACCUUCAGCGAGCUGGCGCCCAAGAUCGAGGCGCUGCGGGACGGCCGCAGCAAAGCCCGGGGGUAGUUGGUGCCAGGACCCCCAGAGACGGCAUUCUGGGGGCACUGCCGCAGCCCCCCCCCGAGCCCCCAGCCCCCCGCGCCCCUCCCCAGCACGAGGCGCUGACGGACACACGGACGCAGCGAUGCUUCGACGGGCUUUAGUGGCUGCGGUCCCGCCUGUCACUGUGCCCAUCCCAGCAGGAUUUGGGCCAUUUCGAAUAAAUUUUGGUCAAUUUGGAAGCUGUCAAGAGGAGACCACGGGAGGGGGGAUGCAUGGGAAGAGGGGACGUGUAUGGAUGUCCCCCCCAUACAGCACCGAGCUCAACCCUCCGACGAGCCACCAGAGACUCCCCUGGGUGCGGGCGCCAGCAGAAGGGCAGCAGCUCCCCACGGGAGCACCAGGAGCCAGCGGGGCUGGGGGGGCCCACGCUGGGGGGGCCAUGGCCAUCAAGGCACCCAAAGAG